GCUCACUGCGCAUGCGCCCUGCAGUGUGUCCGCGGCUCCGUGCGUUUGAGCCGCUCGCAGCUCAUUCGGAACCGGAGCGGCGGCGGCGGGGAUCUCCGGGACUCCUCAGACAGAUUACGAGCUAGCAGAGAAAACUUCACCGCACUGAGGUCACCGGAAAGGCGUCUAGCAUCUCCCCUUCUCGGUGAGAAGAUGUCUGAGGAGGUGGUGCGUCAGACGCGCAGCCAGAAGAGAGCACUGGAGCGGGAGGCUCCUGCCGUGGAUGGAGACUCUAAGCGACUGAAGCUGGAGAGGGGGGAGCUGGGGUCUGGCAAAGUGGCCAGCAUCCUGAAGGCUGGCGAAGUGAAGGCCACCAUCAAAGUGGAAGUGCAGGCCAAUGAUGAGCCUGUGGACAUGAGCACGUCCAGAAGCGAGGUGAAGAAAGAAAGGGCACCGACGCCAGACGAUGUAAUUGUUUUGUCCGACAAUGAGCCCUCCAGUCCAUGUAUGAAUGGGAUCAGCCACAGCGUCAAGAAAACGGACACAGAAAUGCUCAUGAAGAGUAGCCCUGAAGAGCGCCAGAGGAUCAUAAAGCAGUUGAAGGAGGAGCUGCGUGUGCAGGAGGCCAAGCUAGUCCUGCUGAAGAAACUCCGGCAGAGCCAGAUCCAGAAAGAGAGUGUGGUGCAGAAGGCAGCCAAUUCCACAUCCAACCCUCCACCUCUUGUAAGAGGUAGCAUCUCAUCCAGCAAAGGUCCCCUACAGGUGUCAUCUAAUCGAAGCUCAGGCACAGUCAUUCCUCCUCCUCUGGUCCGGGGUGGAGCGCAGGUUUCCAAGCAUGCAUCAAUAGUGAUGCCACCCUUAGUCAGGGGCUCACAGCAGAUUGCCACAUUGAGGCAGCAACAGCAGCAACACUCUGGCUCAGGACCUCCUCCCCUGCUGCUGGGCCCUCGCACCUCUGUGCCCAACGUCCAAGUGCAGGGCCAGAGGAUUAUUCAGCAGGGCUUGAUUCGAGUGGCCAACGUAGCCAACACCAAUGUCCUGGUCAACAUCCCACAGGGCUCACCUACUGCGUUGAAGGGUUCUUCCCAGUCAGGCAUUAGCGCCAACGAUUCUCCGGCCAGCCGACAGGCUGCUGCCAAGCUGGCCCUGCGGAAGCAGCUAGAGAAGACCCUGUUGGAGAUUCCUCCUCCAAAACCCCCUCCACCAGAGCUCAACUUCCUGCCCUCUGCUGCCAACAAUGAGUUCAUCUACCUUGUUGGGCUGGAGAUGGUGGUGCAGAACCUGCUGGAUUUGGCUAAGAGCAAACAGCAGCCACAGCAGGACACCUCUGCCACGGCGUCGGCUGUGAAGGACCCAUUCACAUGUGUGCAGUGCCAGACGGACUUCACCUCACGCUGGAGGCAGGAGAAGGGCAGCGGCUCCAUUCUGUGCGAGCAGUGCAUGAGCUCCAACCAGAAGAAGGCCCUAAAGGCUGAGCACACCAACCGGCUGAAAGAGGCUUUUGUCAAGGCCCUGCAGCAGGAGCAGGAGAUCGAGCAGCGUAUCCUUCAGCAGGCCGCUUCGUCCAGCCCCAAGACCUCUGCCACCUCUUCAUCUUCAUCCUCCUCUUCCUCACCAGUCGUCAAGUCGGAGCAGCAUGUGCUGGUGUCGCAGCAGUAUAAACCGGCUCGUGCCUCCUUGCCCCAUCAGCAUCAAGCUAGUAGGGCAGCGGCAGUAAACCGCUACCACUCCAGCAUCAAGCAGAGUCCAGGCCAGCUGUCUCGCAGUAUGCAGCAGGCAGCUGUCAGUGCGAGCUCACGUGGGCUGAGUCACGGCUUCUCCACGUCCUCUCAGCUGCAGAAUGCUGUUACAGCCGCCGCGCUGGUCAGCAGGCCAGGUAAGCAUGCCGUGAGGGCAGGGUCAAAGGGCAACAGCGGCAGCAGCAGCAGUAACCCCGCCACCAGUGCCUGGAGGAAGCAGAACAGCAGCAUCGCAGGUGUCACUAUGGCCUACGUCAACCCCAGCCUGUCUGUACACAAGACAACCUCUCCAGUGGACCGUCAGCGGGAGUAUCUCCUAGACAUGAUCCCCUCCCGCUCCAUCUCCCAGACGACAAACACAUGGAAAUAAUGCCUCCCUCACCAUCCUUUACUGAAAUAAUCUCAUUAUAAUCCUGAUUCUUGGACAACAGUUGGAUAUCGAUAUGCGAUAACCAACUAUCCAGCAAUAAUAUAACAACAAAACCUUUUCUCUCUGCUUAUUGGAAACCCUUGGUCCAGUCUGAGAAUACAAGGAGACAGUGAUGGAGUCCUGAGAGACUGGGUCAAGGAUUAAUGUUAACAGAGAGAGAUGGGGACCUUUCGAAGAGGCCAUGUGUGCAUUAAGUCUGUUCACUGCCCCGUGAGCUGCAGUGAUCCUGCCGCGUCCACACUGGUGAUGGAUACCACAGCCCACUGUCUCGUUCAUCUCUAUUUCUGGUUGUGGCUGCCCUGCAGGCGAUAGAAUGGUCAUAGUAUACAAGGGCCCCCUCCAUUUUAGUGGACAUACCUACUUCCUCUUAACAAGAGUGGAGGUGCCCAGACUGCACGUGAAGCCAGAAAGUUUUGAUAAUUUUUUUCUUUUGGACUGUUUUUUGGACCAUGUGUGAGAAUGGAGAAUGCUUCAGCUUUGCAAAAAUGUACAUAUUUAGUGGGGCGCAAAUACACAUGCUGCCUCUUUAAACAUUGAUAUGGGAGUGCAAGUAUGUAAUUCUGAUGUCAACUUUUUUUUUGGGCUUACAUUGUGGACUCAUUCCACCCCCUCUUUUCGAGCUGUCCUUUUUUGAGGGCCGAAGUUUAAAAAAAAAAAAGAAAAAAAAAAGGUAUUGUUAUACUGUUGAGGUGGUUUUACAUCUGCCAGUUUAGUGUGUAUUUUUAAAUACUUAAAUUCUUUUCGUAAGCUUAAUACGAGAAAAAAAUGUAACCAAGCUUUUUUGGGGGGGAAAAGGGAUUACUGAAAUGCUACAAUGCAAUUUUUUUCCCCCUCCUCCCCUUUUUAUAACUCCUGUCAAAAUCAGGUGGGCAUGAUGGCAUGGUUUUGCAGAGGCAUAGGGGUUUGGGUGGGACUUCUUAUGAAGCUUUAGGCUAAGUUUGUGGUGUGUUUUGUUUUGUUUUGUUUUUUUUAUGAUUUUAGGUUAUGUCUCUACAUGGGGAUAUUUAAAACUGUACACCUGCAGACUUCUUAUGAAGGAAACUCCGGUGGCCCAAAUUGUUAAACUACUAGAUCUUUCGUUUCCUUUAGAAUUUUCAAACAUGAUCAAUUGACGACUAAAUCCAAUGACAGGAACUCUGUUUCAAUAUAAACGUGUCAGGAGAUGAAUCAGCUGCCAGGUAUAUAGUGUUCAAUGCUUGUAAGAAAGCAAUGCUUAUUAGAGCUGUUGAGACAUCGCCUCACUGCUCUCCUGUGGGGCUGAACGAAAUUAUGGCCCUGUUUUUCCCCUGUUAUUCAUAAAUUGAGUUGCUGGCACUGUGCCUGGCAUUUCAGCUAAGCUGGAGGAGGGGGCUAGUCCAUGAUCAACAGUAGUACCUCAAUUCUCCCUCCCCCACAUAAGUAAAUGAUUAUAGCCAGCGUUUGGUCAUCCUUGACCCGUCUUGUCAAACUCUUAGCAUUUCUUGAGCCCUUCUCUCAGGGCCGUAGCUGCCUGUGGGGUUUGGAGGCCUCUGUUUCACACUGCUGUUCUGACUACUGCCUGCUGCUGCUGAGAACUAACACCAUUCCAUUGUCCAGGGAUGCUAGCGCUAUUUGCAGCACUGUGUCCCUUUUAUGAAUUGUACAAAAAAAAAAAAGUUCCCCUUUUUUCAUUUAUUUUUGGUCUAUCGGUUAAUGAUUAUAAUAAAAACCAAAUUUAACCUAU